AUGGCAUUCGCCUCCCACUACGAGGCACUGAUGAAAGCCCUCGAGCAGCACGGAUAUCGAUGUGAAGCUUUGGCCUUGCCCACAAUCGAUCCCAAGGAUCCCCCAAAUACCGAUGCCGACACUGACGCAAAUGCCAUUUCCGUUGCAAUUAGGAACAUCUUGUCCUCAGAGAACGACGUUGUCCUCAUUACUCAUUCAUACAGUGGCAUUCCAGGUCAGAGCGCAGCCUAUUCGUUCGUUGGCCAGAACCAGAACGGACCCCGUCUCACCUCCAUCGCAAUGAUGUGUUCAUUCCUGUAUCCGCCGCAAACAGCUCUUCUCGCACCCCUCGGGGGUAAACCCCAUCCAAUCCAUGUCGUCUCGGCGGAUGGAAAUCUGGUUGACGUCGGCGGACCUGGUCCGGACUUCGUUUUCUACAACGAUGUGUCGGCCGAAGAAGCAGAUCGCUGCAAAGCCAUGAUCAAGACGCACUCCUGGCGCUGUAAGGUGCUGCCGCCGAGUGCUGAAGGGGCUGGGUGGUGGGAAAUCCCAACGAGCUAUUUGAUCUGUGAGAAGGACAACGCCAUCCCGGCGGAUUUGCAGAGGAAGAUGGUUGCGGACGCAAACGAAGUGUUGGCCCAGAGAGGUUCUGAUUUGAAAAUUCGCGAGGAAACGGUAGACAGCGGGCACAGUCCAUUCGUGAGCAUGACAGAGAGGACGGCAGACUUCAUCCGGCGCAGUGCCGGAGAACAGGUGCCGUUCAAGUGA